UAUUGCAAAACAUUUUGGCCGGUUCGGAAUGAUGCCAAACAAUGUGUCCGUGCCUUGCUGUGGAUAUCACUCGUGGCUCAUGCCAUGAGUAUGUUGAUGGCUCUGACCCAAGUAAUUUAGGAUUGUCAAUUGUGGAUAAUUCAUCGCAGCAGUACUUAUACAGUAUUUUGUUAAUAUUGUUAAAUGCAUCGUGCAUUAUGGACUGACUAAAAGUGUGAAAGCUUAAUGCUGUUGAUUAGUUCAGAUUUAAUGGGUUGGUGGUCUACCUUCCCCUCAGCUAAUAAAAUGCUGAAGAAUAUGAUAAAGGAUGGACUUAGACCUAUCAUGCACAUCACAUCUUUGGCAACCAUCUUUGUGUGUGGAAUUUUGAUCUGUGAUGAUAUGGCUAACAAAUUGUGUAACAGUGUUUUGGUCAUAGAUGGGCAUCAAAUAAGGAUUUUUAGUUUAAAAUGUUAUCCAGUGUUGAGAUUCCUGGGGGGUUGACAUACAAUACAUGAAAAGGUCUUAAUGCAGAUUGAGUGUUCCCAAAACCCUAAAAACACUUCUGAGCAAAACAUCCAAGGAUUUAAGUCUCCUGGUUUUGUCAGUAUCUUUCUUUGCACUAGGGUUUCUCUCUUCAUUGUACCAUAUUUUUGGGAAGUUCUGAACACUACCUUAAUGGGAGGUAACAUAAUGUAGGUAUUUAUUACUUUUGAUUGCCGCAAUAUUUGUUCCAUAGCAUCUUGGUGGAAGACAGGGUACAGACAUGAUGCUAUCUAAUGGCAUUUGUAAUUAUUUGGUGUUGAGGCUGUGUUUCAGAAUCAGAAUGUUCUGUGUCCUGCUGACAAUAGUUUAAACCAAGAAAUGGUGAAAAUGUAUUUUUGUGGAGGACUUUUCCUUUUGACAGUAGAUUAGUCCAGUAACACAAAUGGGCAUAUGUUAGAGCAGGAGGUAGCAACUGGACUGGCUCAUACUCUGUGGUUUGUAAUCAUAUUGCCAAUGGGUAUGUAUGUUGCUGACCCAAAUGGGUAUGUUUGUUCUUUGUGCAUGGACAUGUUGAGAACACUGGGCUGGGGAGGUAGUUCAUUGUCUCCUGGGAUCAACAUAACCAGCCAUGUUGUCAAUAGAUAAGUACAAAUAACAUGUGAAGUGUGCAAAGAAUCUUAAGAAUCUUCAUCUUAGAUUUAUCACCUCAAAACCACUAAGUUAUUAUUAUGGUUGAAAACAUAAGCAAUGUGUUGUUACUUAAUAAGCAUGCAAGCAUGGUUCUGAAGGUAGGGCAAUGCUGUCUUGCUGUGGGGCCGAAGCUUCCUGUGUUUUGACCAUGCCAUAUCUACCAGCAUUCAUGGAACAAACAUUCCACAGCACAACUUGUAGCACAAAGAGGCACUUAUCCAAAUCAAAACAGCUCAGUCCAGCUCUCCCCCCCAUCCCAUCAAAGCAUCCAGACUGACAAAGCACCUGUUUUUGGGGGACAGCAUGGGCAAGGCGAGGCACCGAAGCGCGGGCGGCGCGGCGGCGGCCGGGCGCGCACCGUACCCGCGUCAGAAGCGCGCUCCGCCUGGCGCGCCGGCCAGCCUGCCGUCACUGCUGGUGUGGUUCGCUGCUGGCGCGCUGCUCUCAGUCGGUGGCUACCUCGCCUACCAGGGCUACAUGGAGCGGCGCGUCAACACGCCGCUGGCGGCGCCCAAGGCGGCCGAGCCGAUCCGGCCGGACGACCGCUACUGGGGCUCCUACCGGCCGGGCGUGUACUUCGGCAUGAAGAGCCGCCACCGGCGCUCGCCCGUCACCGGCCUCAUGUGGUUCACGCCGGCCACGUUCCAGGGCGGAGACCUGCCACUCAGACACUGGUGUGAGCAGGGCGACAACCUCUCCAGCUACGGUUGGCAGCAGCACGACGGCCGAUAUUUCGGCGUGCAGGAGCUGGUGGACAAGCACGUGCGGCUGGAAACGACGUUCGUCAAGCAGCCGGGCGGCGACCACGGUGGUGACUGGACCGCUCGCAUCAAGGCAACGCCCAAGACCCCGGAGCUUGACGGUCUGCAGAUCUCCCUGCUGUACUACGUGGCGCUGGACGACGAGGCGGGCCCGGCCGACCGUCUCUCUGUGGACGCUGCCGGCGACACGCUGCGCGCCGUGCACGGCUCCAGCGAGGCGCUCGGCGACUUCCGGCUGACGUUCCACGCGGCGCGCGGCCGCCUGCAGCGCCAGUUCUUCCUGGCGGCGCGCGCGCCCGGCCUCCACCAGCUGCGCGAGACGGCCGUACGCGGCUUCCGGCUGGUGCAGACGUCCGACCAGCGCUACAUCGGCCUGGUCGGCGAGAUGUUCGGGGCGGGCGUCGAGCGCCGCCCCAACUUCGUCGUGUUCCAGGCGGUGGCGGCGGCGCCGUUCGAGCUGGAGGUGCGCUUUGAGUCGGCGAGCGCGGACGCGUCGCGGCCGGCCGCGCUCGGCGGCGAGCUGUACGAACGACUGCUGGCGGAGCGGCGGCGCCUGUUCGAGCGGACGUUCGAAGCCAAGUUUGGCCUUGCCGCCAAGGGGUACAGUGAGGAGGAAGUGCGGUUCGCGCAGGCGACCAUGAGCAACCUAGUGGGCGGGGUGGGAUAUUUCUACGGCACAUCCCUGGUGCAGUCGCACCACAACAAAGAGCCGGUGCCGUACUGGCCGGCGGCCCUCUACUCGGCCGUGCCGUCGCGUAGCUUCUUCCCACGUGGCUUUCUCUGGGACGAGGGCUUCCACAACCUCCUCAUCUCGCAGUGGGACAUGGAGAUCGCCAAAGACAUCGUGGCGCACUGGCUGGACCUGAUGAACGUGGAAGGGUGGAUCCCGCGCGAGCAGAUCCUCGGCUCAGAGGCGCUCAGCAAGGUGCCCGGCGAGUUUGUCGUGCAGCGCAACACCAACGCCAACCCGCCGACACUGCUGCUGUCGCUGCACUCGAUGAUGCACGCCAUGGGCGACGCGCCCGGCGUGGCGUACCUGCAACGCCUGUGGCCGCGACUGCAGGCGUGGUACGCCUGGUUCAACACCACGCAGGCGGGCGAGCUGCCGGGUGCGUAUCGGUGGCGCGGCCGCGACCCGCGCGCCGCCGCCGAGCUCAACCCCAAGACGUUGACGUCCGGGCUGGACGACUUCCCGCGCGCCUCGCACCCCAACGCCGACGAGCGGCACGUGGACUUGCACUGCUGGAUGACGCUGGCGUCGGCGCUGCUGGCCGACAUCGCCGUGGCCAUCGGCGAGCCGGCGGACGCGUACCGGCAGACGCACGCCCUGCUGGCCGACGGCGCGCGGCUCGACGCGCUCCACUGGUCUGAGGCCGACGGCGCGUUCGCCGACUUCGGCCUGCACACGGACGCGGUGCGGCUGGUACGGCCGGCGCCGGCGCCGGAGCGCGCCGGCCAGCGGCCGCCGCCACCGCCCGGCCUCGUCCGCCAGACGGACGAGCAGCCGGUACUGCGCUUCGUGAGCGCGCGCGGCUACGUGGGCCUGUUCCCGCUGCUGCUGCAGGUGCUGGAGCCGGCGUCGCCGCGCCUGGGCCGCCUUCUCGCCGACCUGGAGGACCCGAACCUGCUCUGGACCGAGUUCGGGCUGCGCUCCCUCGCCAAGUCGGCGCCGCUCUACAUGCGCCGCAACACCGAACACGACCCGCCCUAUUGGCGCGGCCCGAUCUGGGUCAACAUCAACUUUCUGGCCGUGCGCGCGCUGCGCCACUACGCCACGGCGCAAGGCCCGCACCAGGAGCGCGCGCGGCGCGUCUAUGAGCGCCUGCGCGCCGCGCUCGUGCGCAAUAUCGUCAAAGAGUACAAGCGGACGGGGUUCGUGUGGGAACAGUACAACGACAAGACGGGCUGGGGCCAGGGCUGCAGACCCUUCACGGGCUGGUCGGCGCUGGUGGUGCUCAUUAUGGCGGAGACGUACUAGUCGCCCUGCGGCGCGCGCACAGCGCGCCAGGGCAGUUCGCGUGUUGCGGUUUUUGACUGUUUUACAUUCCCGGUGUAUGUUUGAGCGAAGGGAUCUGCGGAGUCCGGGAUGUCUGCUGAAUACAAGGGCUUCGUUGA